AUGUCUGCAGCCUCAAUCCCCAAAUCCACGCCUCUCCAAAGGCGACGCUCUCUAAUCGAGCAAAUCUCCCACCGUCUCGACAAACCAAUUACAAUAAUCGAGUACGACAUCAUCUGGCCAGAGCAAUUCUCCAUCGUCCACCAACGCAUCCAGCAAGCCCUCGGCAACCGCGUCCUGGCAAUUGAGCAUAUAGGCUCAACAAGUGUCCCCGGCCUGCCCGCCAAAGCCGUCAUUGACGUCGACAUCAUCAUCGCCGAUCCAACUCAGGAAGCGGACUACGUCCCAGCCCUCGAAGCCGCGGGCUUUCAAUUCGUCUUCCGGGAACCAUUUUGGUACGAUCAUCGAUUCUUUGGACUUGAAGAACCCUACGCGAAUGUCCAUGUCUUUGCACCAGAUUGUCCGGAGCAUUUGCGUCAUGUUGCGUUUCGUGAUUGGUUGCGAGAGUGUGCGGAGGAUAGGUUGCUCUAUGCCAGCGUGAAGCGCGAGGCCGCAGAGGUUACGUGUCAGGAUGGGGGAACCGUUAUGGAUUAUAAUGAUCGCAAGGCUUUUGUGAUACGGGAUAUUUUGAGCCGCGUGGAUAGUAAAACAGCAGGGUUGAUGGAUAGAUGA